CUGAUCCUGCCCGUCAUGAACACCCACAGUAGUCAGAGCGCCAUCCAGCUUGCAGGGGCUUGCCUCUACAACCUGAUCGGCGCGCACGUCGGGGAGCAGAUCCACCCACACCUCCUGCGGGAUAUGGUGCACACAACGCUCACUGCCAUGAACAACUUCCCCGAGCAUGCUCAGCUCCAGAAGAAUGGCCUCCUCACCCUCUGCUGUGAUCGCAUCCUACACGAGGUCUCCUUCGACAAGUACUGGUGUGCCCGCCUCGUCCUCGACUGUCUCCUAACCUUCAACGACCCCUCCACAGACCGCAUGGCCGUCGCUAUCUGCUCAAUCAUAGCCGCCAAGAUAUCUACCGCCCAGACCACGCUUCUCGGUGCCAAGAAUGAAUACAUGCAGAAGUUGCUCACUCUAGUCAAAAGGCGGAUGGAGGAGAAGACGGUGGACAUGACCCUUAAGUUUACCCUCUCGGCCCUGUGGAACCUGACGGACGAGUCCCCGGCUACCUGCGAGGUGUUCUUGAAGGAGAAUGGCCUUGAACUGUUCCUGCAGCUGCUGAAGGUGUUUGCCAAGGACGCUGCCGUGGAGACGAAGGUGCUUGGUCUCCUCAACAACAUAGCAGAGGUGUCCCCACUUCGUGGUGCGCUCAUCAACAAAAGCUUCCUCACCCAGCUGGAGUUGCUGCUCUGGUCCCCUAACGUUGAUGUGAGUUACUUCGCUGCUGGAAUUGUCGCCCACUUGGUGUGUGCUGGAAAGGACUCUUGGAAGGACCCCACAACCGGCCGAGAAAGCCUCCUGGAAGAGCUCGGCAAGGUGGUCAUCAGUUGGGAGCAGCCGAAGGAGGAGAUGGUGGCCUACCGUUCCUUCCAGCCCUUCAUCCCCCUCCUGACGGCCCUCAACAUGUACCAGGUUCAGCUGUGGGCCGUCUGGGCACUGCAUCACGUCACCACCAAGAACAGCAAGCGUUACUGUCACAUGUUGGUACGGGAAGGAGUUGACGACGUCCUACGCAAGCUAGUCAGCCUCCCGGACUCUAAUGCCUCAGUCCGAGAGUUGGCUGGGAGGGUAGUGGACGUUCUGCAGGAGAACGGCUUCACUAAGGACCUAUAAUGGAAGCUUUGACCCUGCUAGUACCCCAGGAUCCUCACUCAAGGGGUAUCGUGCGCCCCUUCUACCUACCAGCCAGCCGACCCAUCACUCGAGUCCUCAUCGUCAUCAUCAUCCCUCUCGGUGUCCCUAUCUUCUUUCUUGCUCCUGAUUAUGUUUUCUCUCGACGGUGGCGGCGGUGUGUUUCGUGUCAUUUGUGUUGCGUAUGUUGCUCGUCGUGUUGUGUUGUGUGGGGGGGGGUGUCAAGCGUCAUCCCCGAACAUGCGUUGUAACAGCACAUCAGGAAGGGUGUUUUUUGACCUGUGACCUUGUUGCGGUGUGGGAUAGACCAGCCCGUGUCAUUGGGAGGCUGUGAUGGAGUGGACAGAAUGGAGAGGAGGAGGAUAAUUAAUAAAGUACGACUUAGUGAUCCAAGAAUUGUAGACCUGACAGAAGGGAAAGGAAGGUUGUCAUGGUGAGUUAGAGAGUGAACGAAGAGAACGGAAUUGAGAUAGUGGAUAGAAGGGAGAGGAGGAAUUAUUAUCAGAAGAGGAAGCAUGUGUUACAGACCCAAGAAUUAUAUAUGAAAAGACCUGACAUACGGAAGAGGAAGGUUGUCAUUGUGAGUUAGAGAGAGAGUGCAGAGGUUGUGGUUGUAGGAAAUUGAAUGAGAGAGUUGCCAGGAGGUGUUGAUGCUGUGGUUGUGAUGUCGAGGAUGGCAUAACACACUGAAGUCACACCAGGGCAUUAUAUUAACCCAGUAGGAGCAGGGAUUAUGUUUCUUAAUGGUCCUUUCAAGCGAGAAAAAUGAGAAAAAAUCACCCCUCACACAAACCAGUUCAUAAUAUAUAUCGAAGCAUUUGUGAUCAGAUUAUGUAUCAUCUAUUUUGGGGUUUAUAUCAUGGCACAAAUUUGGCCCGUCGCUGCUACACGGGGAAGCCACAAAUUUGGCCUGUCGCUGCUACACGGGGAAGCCACAAAUUUGGCCCGUUGCUGCUACCGGGUUAAGGGAGGUGGAAAAGUAUGAUGAUGUUGUACUUUCUUUUAUUUUUUGUAUUUGUGUUUGCGAUUCAGCAUCAGCAUCACCCUAUUAUCACACUCAGAACAUUGCACCAAUCACUCAGGACCCCAAAAAACCCUCGUACCCACAGAGUUAACGAUAUUCUGUUAAAGUCAUCGUUAAAAUUGUUAAUUAUCGGUGUCUGUUUGCGAGAGUUAUGAGUUGGAAACCAGAAAUAUGUUGUUUGACUGACUAAAGUGCAGGGGACAGUGAUAGAUGGUGGAAAUUGUUGGUAGCAGGAACUAAAUAAUAAAGGAGAUAAAGAUGAAUUUGGUUGAUGGCAAAAACAAAAUAAUAAACAAGAUGAAAAUGGAGACAAAAUUGGUUGAUAGCAAAUAAAAAAAAACUAUGAACAAGAUAAAGAUAGAUAAAAUUGGUUGAUAACAAAAAAAAAGUGAUGAACAAGAUAAAGAUAGAUAAAAUUGGUUGAUAGCAAAAACAAAAACAGAAUAAUGACAAAGAUAAAAUUGGUUGGUAAUGUUGCAAGGAAGACCCAAGGGAACAUACAAGGACUGUGUGUUGUUAUAUAGGCCCUGAGAAGCUAGAUAACAUAACAACAUCAUCUCUUAACACAAACUACAUUCUCAUUCUUGUAACCGUAAACAGACAGGAAGAUAACACACUCGUAAACCCAAGGGAACAUGCUGGACUGUCGUUAUGAAUGCCUUGAGAAGCAAGAUAACAUAAAAGCAGCAUCUCUUAACACAAACUACGUCCUCAUUCUUGUAACCGUAAACAGACAGGAAGAUAACAUACUCAUAAGCCCCAGGGAACAUGCAGGACUGUCGUUAUGAAUGCCCUGAGAAGCUAGAUAAUAGAUAACAUAACAACAGCAUCUCUUAACACAUUUCACUGUCGUUAUAAAUGCCUUGAGAAGCUAGAUCACGUAACAACAGCAUCUCUAACUCAGUAAGAUAACGCACUCGUAAGCCCCAGGGAACAUGCAAGACUGUCGUUGUAAAUGCCCUGAAAAGCUAGAUAACAACAACAACAGCAUCUCUUAACACAUUAUACUACAUCCUCAUUCUUGUAACCGUAAACAGACAGGAAGAUAGCGCACUCGUAAGCCCCAGGGAACAUGCAGGACUGUCGUUAUAAAUGCCCUGAAAAGCUAGAUAACAUAACAACAGCAUCUCUUAACACAUACUACGUCCUCAUCCUUGUAACCGUAAAGAUAUAGGAAUGGAAGGCUCCAGGAAGCACCCACCACACCUCCGCCAGCCCUGAUUGAACGUAUGGGAAUGUGUGUUGUAAUAAAGACCCCCAAUAAGCCUUACGCAUAUUGUUUGGCAUAUGAGAGGAGAUACAGCUGGUUAACUUUUCCGGCAUCUUUGGGUAUAAGUUGAUAAUCCUAAAUCCAGUCAUGUCAGUUGUUUUCCAUCAUCUGUAAAGGCCACAGUAUCUUAUUUUUUUGUAUUUGUGUUUGUGAAUUGGUGUACGAUUGAAGAUACAGCUGGUUGAUAUUUGCGGCGUCCUUUGGUGGAAGUUAAAAUCGUCAACCUCAAAAUGAUGUGACUGCAAAUUGUGUCGUAUCUGUAAAGGCCUUGGUAUCUGAUUUUCUUUUUUUGUAUAUGUAAAUGUGUUUGCUAAUUGACGUAUGAUUGAAGGUUAAGCCGGUUAACACUGCCGGCAUCUUCUGGUAUAAUUUUUGGUAUAAUUCUCUCCCCAAAAACGCUGUAAAUGCUGCAAAUCGUGUCUGUUUUUUCCAUCGUCAGUCUUGGCCUCUGUAUUUUUUUUCAUUUUGUAUACUUUUGUUUGUGAAUUUGCAUAUGAUAGAAGAUUCAGCUGGUUGAUAUUUUGGCAUCUUUUGGUAUAAGUUAAAAUCGUCAAGCCAAAUAUGCCAUUAAUGCCAAUCGUGUCAGUUGUUUUCCGUCACCUGUAAAGGCCUCAGUAUUUUUUAUUUUUUUAUUUUGUACACUUUUGUUUCUGAAUUUGCAUACGAUAGAAGAUUCAGCUGGUUAACAUUUGGCAUCUUUUGGUAUGAGUUAAUAAUCGUCAAGCCAAAUAUGCCGUUAAUGCUAAUCAUGUCCGUUGUUUUCCGUCGCCUGUCCACGAUUGAGUGCCGACACCGCUGUGGCCUCCAUGCGUCGCUGUGAGGGCUGAGGGUGACUCCGCCGCAGCGCCUCAGAACGGUCCGUCGAGUGUCCCAUUGCUGACUCUUCCUGUGAGCUAUUUUUCAAGAGAUUAUUUUUCCUAUUUAUAUUAAUGAAUUAGUUAGGCUUGUAAAUACUAUACAUAUAUAUAUCUAUAUUUAUGAAGAUGUUUUACUCUUAAUAAUAUUUUAACAUGGCUUUUUUGGCAUUAUAUGGAAAGGCAUUGUUCAUAUCUUUCACACACACACGUACACACACACACACACACACACACACACACACACACACACACACACACACACACACACACACACACACACACACACACACACACACACACACACACACACCUUCCUUCCCCAUCAUCAUCAUAAUCAUCAUCAUCAUCACUAGGUAUUAAUAUAUGUACACUUUUACAAGUUGUGAUCAAAACUGCAUGUUACUGAGCCUGUACUAUAUUUAUCCAUCUCUCCGGUAACAUUUUUCAUUUGACGUUUUUACUUUUCAGGCGUUUAAACACUAGCGUCAAAUGUGUUCCGUCAUGUCUGUAGUUCCGUCAAUGUGUAUACGGUUUUAUCAUAACUAGUUACUGCAAUUUGUAUUUUUAUUUAUCUUGGGAACUCGAGGCAGCCGUCGCUAUACGAUCACCCGUUAAUACAGUCUUGAACUCCCCUUGCUAUAUAUCUACACUCGCUCCCCAACACUCGGCUAUACUAUAUGUGUCUCCUCUUUCUGACGUUCUUUACCUUGUGAAAACCUAGACUACUUCACUUCUCUUUUUACUGGCACUGAAUAUCUACAAAUGCUCCCCUAUAUUCAGCUCUACAGUCUUUUCUUUGAUGAUAUUUACCUUGUGAAAACCUAGACUACUUCACUUCUCUUUUUACAGGCACUGAAUAUCUACAAAUGCUCUCCUAUAUUCAGCUCUACAAUCUUUCCUUUGAUGAUAUUUACCUUAUGAAAACCUAGACUACUUCACUUCUCUUUUUACUGGCACUGAAUAUCUACAAAUGCUCCCCUAUAUUCAGCUCUACAAUCUUUCCUUUGAUGAUAUUUACCUUAUGAAAACCUAGACUACUUCACUUCUCUUUUUACUGGCACUGAAUAUCUACAAACGCUCCCCUAUAUUCAGCUCUACAAUCUUUCCUUUGACGAUAUUUACCUUGUGAAAACUCAGACUACUUUGCUUUUCUUUUUACUGGCACUGAAUAUCUACAAAUGCUCCCCUAUAUUCAGCUAUACAAUCUUUCCUUUGAUGAUAUUUACCUUAUGAAAACUCAGACUACUUAGUUUUUCUUUUUACUGGCACUGAAUAUCUACACUCAUUCCCCUACCCUCAGCUAUACAAUCCCUCUUUCCUUUGACGAUAUUUACCUUAUGAAAACCUAGACUACUGUACCUCUCUUUCUACUGACAUUAUUUACUGCUAUACUUACAAACAGUCUUGAACUUCCCCUACUAAUAUCUACACUCGCUCGUCUGCACUCAGCUAUACAAUCCCUCUUUCCUUUGACGAUAUUUACCUUAUGAAAACCUAGGCUACUGUACCUCUCUUUACCGGUACUACUUACUACAACUUACCUCCAUCUUGUCCAGUAGUGGUGACAAAUAUACUCCAUGGCAGCGAGUGUAGUGAGAGGGGUGAAGCCGUGUCAUAAUAAUCUCUUUAUGAUCAACCUUCAUAUGACCACUUUUUUAUGAAUGGAACCUCUUUUUGUCAGAUCAGUAUCUCUUGGGUUGUUUUUUGUUGCUCUUUGUUUUUUGCCCUUCAGCUGCCCUCCCUUACUGUAAAAAAAUUAAUCUGUAAAAUAUAUCGUGUAGCGAGGGUUGCCCGAGACUCACCAACUUUGAGGUUUUUUAAAGGUGAUCGUCGUACUUUUCGUCGCCGUGCAUAAUAAUUGUUUUACUUGAGGAGGAAAGUCUGGCGUGUUCCCACUCUGAAGUAUAAGGUGUACGUGUUGGCAGCUUACAGUGUGACCCGAAGCCUUGAACCCUUAGACGACGGUGGAACUGUGUAUGGUCCAUAAUUCAGUCAGUUUUGUACUGCAGAAAUCUAGCAACACUUCCAGAUUGCAGUUGAUUCUAUAUAUAAGCGAUAGUUAAACCAUCUCUUAUGUAAUGUAACAAUAUUUAUGCUACGGUCCUAAGGUUGGCAGUGACUAUAAUGGUAUGUCAGAGGGAUGCUGGGGAUGGUUUGGACAGGUGGGGAAGAGGAGAGAGAUGCUGGCUUUAUCAGGAGAAGGACACUGGAGAUGGUUUGAACAUGUGGAGAAAGAGUGCAGACUCCUUACGUUCUUAUGUUCUUACGUGUGGGAGAGGAGGAAAGGAUGCUGGAGAUGGUCUGGACAUGUGGGGAAGGGGAGAAAGAUGCUGGCUUUAUCAGGAGAAGGAUGCUGGAGGUGGUUUGGACAUGUGUGGGAGAGCAGGAAAGGAUGCUGAAGAUAUUGAAGAUUUAUUUUACAGGGAGCUAAUCUUUAAAUACUGCUGCCGUCUAAGGGUUAAGGGUAUCGGCGCCGCAGUUCACCCGCUCGAAAAGCAUCUCGGAGAAGUUGGUGGGAUAUUCAUGGAGUGUUUAGUGGCACACCGAGAAUUACAGCGCCAACAUCUACUAUAAAAAGAAUAAAUUAUACAGCUCUAAAGGUAACUCUUCUGAUUACAACACUAACGGCUAACUAGGAUACCAACAAUUGACAGUUCUGAAAGCCUACGUCAGAAUUAGAAUCAGGGCAGAGGAGGAUGGAUAUGAUUCAAGGUAUGAGGAGCUUAUGUUAAACCUUGUCUUGAUCAUGUGGUCCAGUUCUGAAACCAUAGAUAGAAAGAGAGAUGGUAAAGGUAAAACUAUUCCAGCACAACUUUAAUGACUGGGAAGCUUCAUACACAGAUCAUUCACCGACAUUACACAGGGUCACUUUGGGCAGGGGCGUAAAAAAGAAAAAAAAAGUGUCAAUAUUGUAUUAUUCUUUGGCAGGCAGAACACUGACUAAGAACACACUUGACACAUGCCAUGAUACAGUGAUUUAUGUUUAUUGUGUGUACAGUGAUAACAUCAAAUCUAAUAUAAGUAAAAUGUGAAAAGAGAGAUGGUAAAGUUUAAAGAGGUGAAGAAACCAUUAACUAUUCCAGCAUAACUUGAAUGACUGGGAAGCUUCAUACACUGAGAUCACUCGCCAACAUUACAGUGUCACUUUGGGCAGGGGUAUAGAGAUCAAAUCCGUCAUCUUUCUCUUUACAAGCUUAAAAAAAAAAAAAAGUCAGUGUUGUACUACUCUUUGGCAGGCAGAACACUGACUAAGAACACACUUGACACAUGGCAUGAUAGUGAUUUAUGACCUUACUGUGUACUGUGAUAACAUCUAAUUCAUUACUAUUCCAGCAUAACUUUAAGCAUUAUCGUCAUGUGAACAACCCACACUAAAACUACAGUGACUUAAAGGUAUCCCCAAGUCAACAGAGGAGAAGGCUGUGCAGAUUUCAGACUUAGAGGGAAAUUCAUUGUUAACAAGGAACGUAUCACACCAUAUGGGAAGAAGGAAAGUUUCGUUUAGUCGGCGCAACACCUGUGGUCAUUAAAAAAAAAUAUGACCACAUGUUGCGCCGACUAAACGAAACUUUUUCUUCCCAUAUGGUGUGAUACGUUCCCUGUUAACAUUGAAUUUUCCUCUAAGUCUGAAAAACUAUGCCGGAGAGAGACAGAGGGGGAAGGAAUUAUCCAUAUGGGAAGAUACUGACCACGUUAACAGUGUAAUAAGUUAUAAUGUUAUGUAAUGGCCGGUGCAAGGGUUACUGAAUGAGCACUAUUUUCACGCCUCAUUUCUGCAUCCUCCACGUAUUCUGGUGCAUGGUUCAGGCAGGAAUAAACCACCAAUCAGUCAAUCAAUUAGACCGUCAAUUCACCAUCCGUGUCAUGGGCUUCGGUUUCAGGACGGAAUUCGAGACAGGCUUCGGCAAAUAAAAGCAAAGUUAGUCAAUAUGUAUCCUCCCCGUGUUCUUGAUAAAUGGUACAGGCAGGAAUAAACCACCGAUCAGUCAAUCAAUUAGACCGUCAAUUCAUCAUCCGUGUCAUGGGCUUUGGUUUCAGGACAAGAUUCGAGACAUGCUUCGGCAAAUACACGCAAAGUUACCACGCUUUUCAGCAGCUGAGAGAGAGAAGGGGGGGGGCGGAGAUGUUGAAGGAGGGAGGGGGUAAAGAGUGAUAGAGGGAAGGGGGAUCAUACAGGUAGGGGGGGAGAUGUGGGCUGGGUCUAGGGAGUGAAAUAGUGAUGACGUGUGUCCAAAUACUGUCUCUGGAUAUCGGGAAUUUCUUUCAAUUGUCAAGAGUAUGUAGCUUACUCAUACACUUCUGGUAAUGUACUAUGCAGUCAUAAAUUAGCGCAAGAUGUGAAAUAAACUGUGGCAAAGUACAAUAGUGAUACAACACUUCGUUACCGAGAAAAUCCAGAAAAUCGAGGUAACACAGCUGCUGAAAUGCGUGUAGUCAAUUUGUAUGCCUCUCCAGAAUCCAUUGUUACCUCCCUGCCGGGGCUCACGGGCAUGGGCUCGUCUGUAAAGUGACAGAGAAGAAUAAACUGUUCCUGAGUUA